AUGAACCGCGAGCGGAUUGGCCGACUGCCACAAGAACUCUACUCCACGAUGGUCUCUCCUCCAUUGACUCCCCAUCGUCUCCUUAGCACACCAGCUGCGAAAAGGAUCCGACAAAACGACCAUGCUGGGUGUUUAUCACCGCCUUGGCUGAGUGGUGAAGUAACUGGAUUUAAAGAGAGGGUAUGCGCGAUUCCGACUGAUUGGAAACUGUCGAACUUUCGCUUUGUGAACGUCACUGUUCUCUGUUCGAAGAAGAUUAGUGAGGCAGAGACGGUUUCAAGAGAACUAAAGGGAAGAGGACAUGACUGCGAAUCCCGAAGGAAAAUUCGUCUGAAGCUUUUUGCAAAGAUAAGAGAAUGGAUUAAGAAAGUUGUCAAUGCGCGUAGACGUCUUCUUACUCUCGAGCGUUCUUGA